CUGAGGCGGGGAGAACUUUGCGCUCCGAGCAGAACCACCCUUUGCUGGCCAGUCGCGUCGCUCCUCUGAGGAAACCAGCGGCGGAGGCGACUGGGCGGAAAGAGGACGAAAGAAAGGAAGAGGACGAAAGAAAGGAAGAGGGGAAGUAGUGAGGGAAGAAGAAAAAUGAAGCCAGCGCUGGGGGAGCCCGCCAGAGGGUGGCCGACGGUGAAGCAAGGAGAAUUUGGCUGCUUUUCCACACCCCGGGCGUGAACGCCUUCUCCUGCCUGACCCCAAGGAAAUAAGUGGGUCUCGCCUGGGCAGAAACAGAAGAGACAAGAACCCAAGUGAGCGCCUUGCCUCCUCGGUCACCGUUGUUCCCUAGGAAUCCUAGCUGCUCCUCAGCCCAGCCUCCCCGCGGGGCCAGACGCAGUGCCCGAGCCGCCCUGCGGAUGGAGCGGGCAGGGAACAGGCGCCCAAGCCGCGGGUGACCGGCGUCGCCCGCCCCGCUCCGCGCAGGGACCGGGUGGGCUGAGAAUGCGAGGCAGAGGGACGUGGGGGAGGGAUCCAAGACUGCCGAGGGCGCACUAGGCUCCAACUUGAAUGGCCCAGAGUCGGCUCCAGCUCCUGGGACCGCUUCGCCGCGCGGAGUGAGCUGCGCGCGGGACUUGGGGGCGGAGACCUUAGGCGGCCGCUGAAGGGGAGCGAACCCGGCGCAGGAGGGGGCGCGCUUUCUCCCUGCGGGUCUCAGUAAUGAGGAGACUGAGUUUGUGGUGGCUGCUGAGCAGGGUCUGUCUGCUGCUGCCGCCGCCCUGCGCACUGGUGCUGGCCGGGGUGCCCGGCUCCUCCUCGCACCCGCAGCCCUGUCAGAUCCUCAAGCGCAUCGGGCACGCGGUGAGGGUAGGCGCGGUGCACUUGCAGCCCUGGACCACUGGCCCCCGCGCGGCUAGCCGCACUCCGGAUGGCAGCCCGACAGGCGCUCAGCGAGAUGAACCCGAGCCAGGGACUUGGCGGCCCCCAGAGCCCUCGCCGGGCGCACGCUGGUUGGGGAGCGCCCUGCAUGGCCGGCGGCCCCCGGGCGCCCGGAAUCCCGGGGAGGGCGCUAGGGCCGAGACCCUUUGGCCUAGGGACGCCCUCCUCUUCGCCGUGGACAACCUGAACCGCGUGGAAGGGCUGCUGCCCUACAACCUGUCUUUGGAAGUAGUGAUGGCCAUCGAGGCGGGCCUGGGCGAUCUGCCGCUCUUGCCCUUCUCCUCCCCUAGCUCGCCGUGGAGCAGUGACCCUUUCUCCUUUCUGCAGAGCGUGUGCCACACCGUGGUGGUGCAAGGGGUAUCGGCGCUGCUCGCCUUCCCUCAGAGCCUGGGCGAGAUGAUGGAGCUCGACUUGGUCAGCUAUGUCCUGCACAUUCCAGUUAUCAGCAUCGUGCGCCACGAGUUUCCGCGGGAGAGUCAGAAUCCCCUUCACCUCCAACUGAGUUUAGAAAAUUCAUUAAGUCCUGAUGCUGAUGUCACUGUCUCAAUCCUGACCAUGAACAACUGGUACAAUUUUAGCGUAUUGCUGUGCCAGGAAGACUGGAACAUCACUGACUUCCUCCUCCUUACCCAGAAUAAUUCCAGGUUCCACCUGGGCUCUAUCAUCAACAUCACCGCCAGCCUCUCCUCCACUGAGGACCUCUUGAGCUUCCUGCAGGUCCAACUUGAGAGCAUUAAGGACAGUACGCCCACAAUGGUGAUGUUCGGCUGCGACAUGGGAAGUAUCCGGCAGAUUUUUGAAAUUACCACCCAGUUUGGGGCAAUGUCCCCUGAGCUCCAUUGGGUGCUGGGGGAUUCCCAGAACGUCGAGGAACUGAGGACAGAAGGUCUGCCCUUAGGUCUCAUUGCUCAUGGAAAAACAACACAGUCUAUCUUUGAGUACUACGUACAAGAUGCCAUGGAACUGGUUGCAAGAGCUGUAGCCACAGCCACCAUGAUCCAGCCAGAACUUGCUCUCAUUCCCAGCACGAUGAACUGCAUGGAUGUGGAAACUGCAAAUCUCACUUCAGGACAAUAUUUAUCAAGGUUUCUAGCCAACACCACUUUCAGAGGCCUCAGUGGUUCCAUCAAAGUAAAGGGUUCCACUAUCAUCAGCUCAGAAAACAACUUUUUCAUCUGGAAUCUGCAACAUGACCCCAUGGGAAAGCCAAUGUGGACACGCUUGGGCAGCUGGCAGGGGGGGAAGAUUGUCAUGGACUAUGGAAUAUGGCCAGAGCAGGCCCAGAGGCACAAAACCCACUUCCAACACCCAAGUAAGCUACACUUGCGAGUGGUCACCCUGAUCGAACAUCCAUUUGUCUUCACGCGGAAGGUAGAUGAUGAAGGCUUGUGCCCUGCUGGCCAACUCUGUCUAAACCCCAUGACUAAUGAUUCUUCCAUAUUGGACAGCCUUUUUAGCAGCCUCCAUAGCAGUAAUGAUACAGUGCCCAUCAAAUUCAAGAAGUGCUGCUAUGGCUAUUGCAUUGAUCUGCUGGAAAAGCUAGCAGAAGACAUGAACUUUGACUUUGAUCUCUAUAUUGUUGGCGAUGGCAAAUAUGGAGCCUGGAAAAAUGGGCACUGGACUGGGCUGGUGGGUGAUCUCUUGAGUGGGUCAGCCCACAUGGCAGUCACUUCCUUCAGCAUCAAUACUGCACGAAGCCAGGUGAUAGAUUUCACCAGUCCUUUCUUCUCCACCAGCUUGGGCAUCUUAGUGAGGACCCGAGACACAGCAGCUCCCAUUGGAGCCUUCAUGUGGCCACUCCACUGGACAAUGUGGCUGGGGAUUUUUGUGGCUCUGCACAUCACUGCCAUCUUCCUCACUCUGUAUGAAUGGAAGAGCCCCUUUGGUAUGACUCCCAAGGGGCGGAAUAGAAGUAAAGUUUUCUCCUUCUCUUCAGCCUUGAAUGUCUGUUAUGCCCUCUUGUUUGGUAGAACAGCAGCCAUCAAACCCCCAAAAUGCUGGACUGGAAGGUUUCUAAUGAACCUUUGGGCCAUUUUCUGUAUGUUUUGCCUUUCUACCUACACAGCGAACUUGGCUGCUGUCAUGGUAGGUGAGAAGAUCUAUGAAGAGCUUUCUGGAAUACAUGACCCUAAGCUACAUCAUCCCUCCCAAGGCUUCCGCUUUGGAACUGUCCGGGAAAGCAGUGCUGAAGAUUAUGUGAGGCAAAGCUUCCCAGAGAUGCAUGAGUAUAUGAGAAGGUACAAUGUACCAGCCACCCUGGAUGGAGUGGAAUAUCUGAAGAAUGAUCCAGUGAAACUAGAUGCCUUUAUCAUGGACAAAGCCCUCCUGGAUUAUGAAGUGUCAGUAGAUGCUGACUGCAAACUUCUCACCGUGGGGAAGCCAUUUGCCAUAGAAGGAUAUGGCAUUGGUCUCCCUCCCAGCUCUCCCCUGACCUCCAAUAUAUCCGAGCUGAUCAGUCAAUACAAGUCACAUGGGUUUAUGGACGUGCUGCAUGACAAGUGGUACAAGGUGGUUCCCUGCGGGAAGAGAAGUUUCGCUGUCACUGAGACUUUGCAAAUGGGCAUCAAACACUUCUCUGGACUCUUUGUGCUGCUGUGCAUCGGAUUUGGUCUGUCCAUCUUGACCACCAUCGGUGAGCACAUAGUGUACAGGCUGCUGCUCCCACGCAUCAAGAACAAAUCUAGGCUGCAAUACUGGCUCCACACCAGCCAGAGGUUACAUAGAGCCCUAAACACAUCAUUUGCAGAGGAAAAGCAGCAGCGUUUCAAGACUAAACAUGUGGAAAAGAGGUCCAACAUGGGACCCCGUCAGCUCUCAGUGUGGAACACUUCCAAUCUGAGUCAUGACAACCGACGGAAAUACAUCUUCAGUGAUGAUGGAAGACAAAACCAGCUGGGCCUCCGGACACACCAGGACAUCCCUCUCCCGCCCAGGAGAAGAGAGCUCCCUGCCUCACUGACCACCAACGGAAGAGCGGACUCCCUAAGUGGGGCUCGGAACUCAGUGAUGCAGGAGCUCUCAGAGCUGGAGAAGCAGAUUCAGGUGAUCCGGCAGGAGCUGCAGCUGGCCGUGAGCAGGAAAACGGAGCUGGAAGAGUAUCAAAGGACAAAUCGGACUUGUGAGCCCUAGCUGGCCAUGCUGCUCCCCGUUCUCAGUUCCUGGCCUUCCUCUGCGCCCUUGAGACACUUUGUAUGCUCUUUUGUAACUACUAACCAAGGUGUGCGCAAGCUGAGGUCAAGGUCCUCUUAGAAGUCAAGCCUAAAAAGCAGUGGCUGGUCUUCUUCUCAAGCUUAGUCCUCGGUCUCCAGAGUAGGAGUCUUUUUCGGAGCAGGAGUCUUAGUCAGGAGCAAACGCCGUGUGAGGGAUCUGUGAAGAACCAGACAACCCAGCUCCCGUUAACCAUUUCACCAGGUGCCACACUAAUAGUUCUGGUUUUUAGCCCUUUCGCUGCUCUGUCAGCAGCAGGAGAUAAAAUUGUUACUCAUCCCUGUGUCUUACUGGGUUGUUGGUUUUAAUCUCGGGAUAGAGCAGGAUUAUCCAGGGUUGUGGCUUUUGCCACAACUCCCCAGUCCAGAUUUGUCCUUACAUUCUGAAUGGGGAGCCACGGAAGAGCUAGAGAAACUUAGGACAGGGAGGAGGGUACUUAAAAAAAUUAACUGAAUUCAUUUGUAUCACAGCGGGCCAAGGACUGAUUGAGUCAGGCAAGAGCCACGGUUUUAAAAGGGUCCUGGAUCUUCAGCACCAUCCUGACUAACAUUUAGUAGCAACAUGUUUACUGUGCAAGGAGACAGGGAUGUGGUGGGCAGGAAGAGGACGGGCAGAGAGGCAUUAAAAACGUGUACCAAAAGCUCUGGGCCAGAAAAGCGAUUUGGCUAAGGAAAGGAUUGGAUAAUCCUAAUCUAACUAAGCAUCUCCGCUAUAGUGUGUGCCUUUUACAAAGGAAAGAGAAAGAAAAGCCAAGCAAGGAUGUGGCCUUAGGAUGGAACUGGAAUAUCCCUGCUUAUUGCCUGUGCAGCAGGACAUGUGAGCUGGCACUGUGGGUUAAGGGAAAAUGUUCUGCAAACGAUAUAGUAGGCUGUUUUCAGAUCAGCAGUCACCUAUGUCUUAGCUGCAGGGUUUCCAGAAGUGAACCUCAAGCCUGUGGACAUUACAAGCUUCAACAUUCAGGAACGUGCCCUGUGCUCUUCAUAUCUAUAUGGGUAACUGCCAAGUCAGUCUCCCCAGCCUCACCUCCAUCUGUGAGAAGCUGUGAAUAGGCUUUGGUCCCUCUGAUUGGCCCCAUCUAAUGCUCCCAAGAGACUGAUAUGAAUAACCUGUUUCCCCUCUGUGUAAGCAUCCCUUUGCCAGUGUGCAAGGCUUGGGCAUGCAGAAAAAGAAGGGAGUAUGGGAACGACAGAACUUCAGUUCCCAGUGUUAGUGUAGACAGACAUUGUCUAGGAACUCAUUACAACACUGACUGCCAGGGCUCUUCCCCAGAGGAUGGGGCAGGGGUUGGGGGGAAGUUGGGAAUUUGGAUGUGGGUUUGGAAACCUCCUGUUACCAACACCCGCAGGUGACUGACAUGUGGUCCAAAAAUGACCCUUCAAGGAACACUGUUUUAGAAGUUUGGCUGUCCCAGGCCUGGGGAGAAGUGAGAAGAUCCUUCUUGAGAGUUUCUCAAACUUCAGCACACACCUGAUUCACCAUCCAUGCAGCCACUCCCACCCCAGGGCACCAUUUAAGACUAGACUUCCUUGUUUAGCAGUUCCUUGCUUUAUCUUCUCAGUAUCACCUUUGCUCCUCCCCAGUCAACUGAAGGCCUGCAGUGAGUUCUCAGCGCUGUACCAAGCACUGUGCUCUGUAACAGCUGCAGAUCAUUGGGAAGCCGCCUCAACCACAAAAUUUCUUCCCCUACUUUUGGAUGCAAUCCCUGCAUUUCCACCAAGAGCUGCCAGUCCCCCAGGGAAAGAUAACACUUUAAGCUGCAAUUUGAUAACACUUUAGCAAUUAGUUAAUUGUCUGAGAAAACCUCGGGGGGUGGAUGUCUGUGCAGAAAUACUGAUGAGGGAGGUGGGAGGGUUCUAAAGUUAGACUCCAUCAACCUCACAGAUGAACAGUUCAACAAUGAGAGAACAGUGAGCCAUGGAAACAGAAAGGACAACUCUGCUUUGAAAUGCCCAUCCUCCCAUGUUCUCACCCCAGACCCAGAAGCAGGUUUGCAACGGCCUUUAGAAGAUUAUGCCUGUUAGCCAUCCCCACCUGUCUGCAACAGCUAAGGAUGCUCUAGAGAAUCUGCCGUCACGGUCUGUACCCCUAACUCCUGCACAGCCCGGAAGGCUGACAUCCAGGUGUACCUCAGAUCAUGUCACAGCCAUGCUCCUACCGUUGUACGUGGACAUUUUUAUAACUCAGCUUAUAUUCUGACUGUACUUGAGAAGCUGGCUAUUUAAAGGAACCCAGAGGUGAAUUCUUUUGUAAAGAAUCCUUUUGUAAUGCAAUUAAUUAUCCCUUACUGUAUCUGUUUUGUAAGUUUGAAUUUUUGUAUAUCGGGUUUACCUUAAGCUUCCCUACUGAGGCAUUCUGUGCAGUGGUGAUAACAUGCCAGACCACGCUGCCUAUCCACAAAGCAGGUGACCAGUGCAUGGCUCCUCAAGUAUCUUCCAAGGAACUAUUUGGCCAAAAUUGCGGCCAGGAUGUGGCAACAAGCAGCAGGGCUGAAAGCAGGCUUAUUGCCGUCAGCAUUGCUUGAAAUGCCUCCAUGUUCUGGAUGAAGGAAAAACAAAGUGUAACUGCUUGUGGUGAAAUGAAGCAGUCUUCAUGUUAAGUAGCAAUGGUUAUUUUUAUCAGUAGUAACUGAACAGUGUUUUGCAAUUUGUGAAACUGUGUGUUGUGUUUUGUACAAAGAUUUCAUGACAUGGUGGGUCCUCUGAAAACCCUCCUUCCUGUUCUGCCCCACCUCUGUUCUCUCAACUCCCUUCAGGCUCAAAAACACACAGAUGAAAAGUCUUUAGGUGAAGAGUAGUUUUCUGGUUAAGAAGAUGAGGGGUUCUACCUUGCCUCCUCUUGUGGGCUCCUAUUUUAUGAGAUCCGGAAAGCCUCCAUUUGUUCUAAGCUCUGAUGCUGGGAAACCUGGAACAUGACAAGCUGGCUGUGCCACACCCCACAGCCAUGCUUUCCAAGGGGGAAUUCCUGGCACAGGAAGCACACAGUGAAGUAACUGGGUGAAUUAGAACAGACAGGGCUGCUUGGUUCAUGGAAACAGUAACAUCAAGGGCCUCGGGGAGUCGAUGCCCAAGGUAGAAGAGCAGGGGAGCCCCUCCAACAAUUAAAGACAAGGCGGAACAAUGACUGGGACAGCCAAGUGAGGCGGCCACAGGGACCCAGGGGUUGAGGUCUUGACUGUGCCUGGAGGUGACUCUCCGUCAUGCGUGGAUCCUGCUGUUGCACAAAACUUAUACGGGAGCUGCUGCUUCUGUGCCAACCGGGGAGGGGUGAGAGGAGCAGCUGCCGAGCAGGCAGAGCUCUGUGAUCUAGGCGAGCCUUCUUGGUGCUGGUGCUGGUGCUGGUGCUAGGUCCGGGUCCGUGGAGCUUGGGGCUAGCGGGCACUUCCUUGGUGUGGAUAAAGACUGAAGGGGAAGAAACGACUCCAGAGCCUCUCUUUAUCCCAACUCGUGCUUUUGAUAGGCAAACCAGAAAAGCCACACAGUCCUCACAAGAAAUUUCUUUCUAGACAUUGAAACCACUUCACUCUGCAAUGUAUCAUUACCCUUUCUUCACCCACCCAUGACCAUGUAAUCUAGGAUACCCUCAUUCUUGAAGUUUAGUUCCUAAUUGUUUUCUGAAAAUAACGUACCUAUAAGUAUUUUCUUAAGGUUUGUAAAGAGUGUUUGCAUUGUGUCUUCAUUUCAAUGUGUUUGCGAUCGCUCCACUCCAGGAAGAACUGAAAUGCUGUCUUGUGAGCAUGAAGUGAACAGGCUGUUUUGCUCCAGCCACUUUUCUUGUACAACCAUGUGGAUGGACUAGAUGUCCUCAGGUCUUUUCCAUCUUCAGUUUCUAUGACUGUGGAAUAAAUGUUCAGAUAGAAACUUCA